UUCAGAAAAUCGGGACCUAUAAUUUGUAGUUAAAAGAGAAUAAAAAUCAACGCGGGUAAGAUGUGACGGAAUUGAAAGCUGAUGGGACAAAUUAUAGCUGUAGUCAGUUGGAUACGAAAGAUAAUCGUACGAGGGAUCAACAAGGUGUUAUUUUCUGGAGUUUACAAAAUUACGACGAUGAGUUUGCUUAAGCAAACUUAAAAAUUCAAACUUGUUAGUCUAUGUUUGUCACUGUCAAUUAUACCGACAACAAUUAUACCCUUUACUUUUGACUUGGCCAGUGGUCUGCGGAAACUGAGUGGCCAUUGUGGUCACUUGAGUAACGACUUUUUUAUUUGGUUUUAAUGAAACGACCAACAGAUUGUUGGAAUAAUUUUCUGGAUGUUUGAACUUACAACAUCUAUAAUAUUCUGAUCUUGGAUUUCAAAGAAUUCUAUGGUACUCUACGAGGAGUCAACUAAAUAAGGAAGGCAUGGGAACAAGAUAAUCGUAGCAACAGGAAUUAUUACAUUCAAAAUGGCUACCAGCAUGUUAUUAUCAGUCAUUUUGCUAAUUUCAGUAUUAACAUGUUCAUCACAAAACAUUACAUUUAUUCUACAAGAGGAUAGACCAAAUUCUACACUCAUUGGAAAUAUUUUAACUGAAUCGAAAUUGCGAGAAAAAUAUCCAACAGAACAACUGACCGGCAUUACAUACGAUUUCUAUGACAUUAAAGAAGAACAUCGUCAUCUUUUUCGUCUCGACCCUCUAUCUAGUCAUCUCUACACAAAUACUAUCAUCGACAGAGAAGGGGUUGGAAUAUGUUUGUAUUUAGAAGAUUGCUAUUUUGAUUUUAAAAUUCUUGCACAUAAAAAGGAUAUAUUCCAUAUUAUAGAAGUUAGGGUGAAUGUUUCUGACUUGAAUGAUAACGACCCAAAGUUUGAACCAAAUGAACUGACUUUGAAUAUUUCAGAAUCAACAUCUCAGUUUAGCAAAUUUUCAAUACAUGGUGCUAGGGAUUUAGAUACUGGGAAAGGAAAUGGAAUAGCUUCUUAUAGUUUAACAAGUCAAAGCGGAAAAGACGAUUUAAAACUUUUAGAAGAAAAUAUUGACGGCAAUAAAGCAUUAUAUAUAUCAGUGCAUAAUGAAUUAGACAGAGAGAGAACACCAUCAUAUACUUUAUAUCUGAAGGCAUAUGAUAAUGGCAGCCCUCUAAGAACUGGAACCUUGACUAUCCAUGUUAAUAUUGUGGAUGAAAACGACAACAAGCCAUUAUUUUCGGAAUCUGAGGUGAAUGUAAAUUUAGAUGAAACUUCCCCCGCUGGAACUUUAGUGAAGCACCUCACAGCAGUAGAUAUUGACAGUGGCAAAAAUGGACAGGUAUUUUAUCGUUUAAAAAGCUUCCAAGCUAAAGAAAUUAAUGACUCUUUUACUGUUGAUGCCUUAGGGAAGCUUACAACAGCUAAAAAACUGGAAUAUGAACAGAAUAAAGUAUAUACAGUGAUAGUUGAAGCCGUAGAUAAGGGGAAUACUCCACUUAGUUCACAGGCAACGGUUAAUGUUCAUGUUCAAGACAGUGGCAACAAUGCACCAGAAGUCUCUGUUAACUUUUUAUCAAAUGAACGAGAUGGAGAUGCAGUGUUGAUUAGUGAGAAAUCCGAAAUAGAUGUACUUGUUGCAGUUAUAAAGGUGAAGGACAUGGACUCAGGAGAUAAUGGUGUUGUAACCUGCCAAACAUAUAGUACAUAUUUUGGACUUUCACGGAUAUCAGACACAGAUUUUAGACUUAUUGUGCAACAUAAACUUGACAGGGAGAAGAUUGCUUUUCAUAAUGUUACGGUCACUUGCAAGGACAAGGGUCUACCAGAAAUGGAUGGGUCAGUACAUUUUCAGAUUAUACUAAAGGAUGAAAAUGACAAUCCACCAAGGUUUUCUUUAUAUUAUUAUCAAGUUGACCUUCUGGAAAACACACCAGCUGGUGCAUCUUUACUUACAGUUAACGCCACAGAUAUUGAUUCUGGAGACAAUGGAAAAAUAACCUAUGCAAUUUCUCCAAGUUCUGAUCUAAGAUUUAAAAUUGAUUCACAGACCGGAGAAGUGACAACCAAUCAACUGUUUGAUAGAGAAGCAACGGCUCGUCUUACUUUUGAAGUUGUUGCUAAAGACAAUGGAGUCCCACCGCUGGAAUCAAAAGCUCCAGUUGUUGUGAAUAUUAAAGAUGAGAAUGACAAUAAACCACAAUUUGUCAAAAUGAUUUUUGAUUUCCAAGUCUCAGAAAACAUGCCAAAUGGAACAAAUGUAGAAGUUGUGUCGGCCAUCGACCCUGAUCAAGGCACCAAUGCUCAAAUUGUAUACUCUCUAGAUCCUAAUUCUGAUACAUCUUCAAUACCAUUUAAUGUAUUUUCAACAGGACAAGUCACAACUCUAAAAAUAUUUGACAGAGAGCACAGAAGUCAUUACGAUUUCCCUGUUAUUGCUGUAGAUAAAGGGACACCAUCUUUGACAAGCACAGUAACCGUAAGAGUCACCAUAACUGACAAAAAUGAUAACAAGCCAAUUUUCACGUUCCCAAAGAACGCGAACAAUACAAUUCAAAUUCCAAACACAUUGCCUGUCGAUUCCAUCAUUGCAACAAUACAGGCUUAUGAUUUGGACUAUGAGGAAAAUGGAAAAGUGAACUUUUUUAUUCUUUCCGGUGAUGAUGAAAAUUUGUUCUAUCUUAAUCCUUUGACUGGAAGUUUGCAUGUGAAAAAGGUGUCAAAUACAGUGAGAGAUAAGAAUUUCAUAUUAAAGAUUGAGGCCAAAGACCGAGGUCGACCUUCAUUAAAUGAAACAGCAGAACUCAAAAUCAGUAUACAAUACGUCAAUGCUACUUCAGAAGAAAGCAAGGAGUAUAUUCUGAUUGUGGUCUGUGUUGUUUGUGUGACAUUUGUUGUUGCCGUUGCACUCAUUGCAGUUAUUUGCUUCCUACGGAAUAAGAAUAUUGCAUGUGGUAAAAAUGAGCGCUAUUUGGAGAAUAAUCGACCUCCCCAAUAUGAUCAAGUCCAGGCUCACCCUAAAAACUUUCAAUACAACUCCUACUCAGCGCAAAAUGACAGGAAUAAACAGAGAGUAAAGUUUUCUGAACCUGGAACAACAUUUACCAAAGAGGAGAUGAUGGGUUCCUUAACAUUGUCAAAGAAAGAUUCACCUCAUAAAGAGAAAGAUGACAGCAAUUAUAAUUAUGAUAGACAGAUGCCACAGAAAGUGCCAGAUGAAAGUGAAACUUCCAGUAAAACAGACAGUGGUCAUGGGAGUGAGGAAGAUUACAAUCACCAAUUAGAUAAGAAUGGAAGACCAUUUGCUCUGAACAAUCAAACAUAUAACAACACUGGAAUAUACGUUAUGUUAGACAAAAACAAAUCUAAUAAUACAGACAUUGCACGUUGCAAUAUGUUACCUCCACCGCGGGACAAAUCUAAUAAAUAUUUAGAUGAUAGCAUGCUGACAGGAAGUUCAAAUUCUAUGUGGUCAGAAAAUCCAUUAUCAAGUAGGCACCCUAGUAAUUCACAGACUUCAACAAUUAGUCCGACGUGGACAAGUGACAUGAAAUUAAAUUUUCAAAACAAUUCACCAUUUUAUAUGGCAUUAGGUAGCAUACAGAGUCGAGAUGACGAUGAAUGUACAACAACAUCUGGUAGUUACACAAUCAAUCCAGAUGAAUUGGACGAUGACUUUGAAAAUCGUCCAAAAGAUCUUUUCGUAUAGCAGGACAGUGAAGUUUCUACAAAUAAAGGUGCCAAAUUUUACAUUAUACUGUUACGAUGCUGCUUGAUAGAUCGAAAUGCUUAAACUAAUAUGUUAUAAUGUGAUGAAUAUCUGUUAAACUCACCAAACAAAAUCUAAUCUACAUAGAGGAAAAUCCAACAUGGCUCAGGGGAGCUGAGCUCCAAUUCGACUGUUGACUGCAAGGCAACAUAGGACUACAGUCUCUUAAUGUGGAAAGAAUGUGGAUAUGAAUGAAUUGUGCGCAGAUUUUGUGAUGAAAUGAGAAUAUAAGAGGGAGUCCAGAAAGAGAAAGAAAAGUGGAGGAAAACCCUUGUAGUCAUGAUAGAUCAUUAUCUUUAUUAACUUUUACAAUUCUUUAAAACUAAGAUGGCAAAAUUUUCAUUUCAUUUUUUGCAAUUUUGCAUUGAUCUCAGUAAUUCUUUAAGCAUGACAUGUGAGAAGUCUGUGAUGUCAUUUAUUUACUUAUGUGUUCAGUUUGUACAUAACUUUGUUAACUAUUUUUUGUUAUAUUUUAUAAUUUGUAUAAGAGAACCAAAUUAUAUAUAAAGGUGCUUGUUCAAAGGAAGAGAGAGAGAAUGGAGAGUAAAUGUUGUGGAUAAAGAAACAAAGUCCCAAUUUUAUGAAUGUGUUGUGAGUGAGAGAGAGAGAGAGA